GUGUGUAAAACUUUGUAUUUUUGUAGAAACUCACUAAACUCAUAAUCGUAAUCCGAUAACAAAAAAGGGUUUAGUAUCCUAAUCUUAAUUAUUCAAAAGAAAUUGUUUCCCUCCUCUUCUAAUAAACGGAAAAAAAAACCCAAAUUUCAAGCGCAUAUUCCAUUCCUUCACACAACACAACGUUUGAGUCAACAAACCUCGUUCCAAUUCCAAACCAAAAGGGAAAACCUUUUUCCCACAGGAAUGGCGGAAUCUUCUAGAAACUUCGACGUGAAUCAGCUGAUUUCCUUCGGUAACGAUCUCGUAAAGGUUUUCCAAGACCCUAAUGAUCGUGACCUCAACGACCUUUCCCAAUGUCUGCAACACUCACACUCCAUUUCUUCCAAUUGCAACUCUGACCUCGAUGAAGCUCGCUCCUUGUUUCAAGAUUAUCAGAACAAAAUAGAUUCCCACAAACAGAAAAUAGAGGAAGCUAGAUCUGAGACUGCUGCUGAUGCAGAACUGGAGCUUCUGCAGAGAGAACUGGAUGAAGAACUUGAAAAAGAACGCAUGUUAAAAGAGGAAUUUAGAGCGAUUAGCAAUGAGUUUAAUGAUCUAGAACAACAGCGGAUUUCUGUCAAAGAGCAAAAAAACAAUUUAUUGAAAAUUGAGCAAGAAAAGACGAGGACACGGAUGCUACUUUCAAUGUAUGCUUCUGUUACAAAUAUUGUGCCAAACAUGGAUGAUCAGUCAAAAAUUUCAGGCUAUAUUGUUGAAAAGGAAAAAAAUGCGGUGGAGAAAUUCGAAUAUGACACAUCACAAAUGACUAGCCUUGAUAUAUGCAAUGGCAUCUGGAAAACAAUAAGUGAUUGAUGCAUUUCAAACAUGCCUCAGUUGGUUGAUAUUUGUAACAUUAUGUAAUUUCUCAAAUUGAGUGCCAUGUUAGGAAUUUUGUUUAAUGAUUGAAGAGUUUUAUGUAUCAAUUGAUUAUGAUGUAAAGCUUGCAAUGUUGAUGGUGAGUUGUUUUUUUGACUAAGUGUGGAGUUGUUGACUACUAGGAAAUGUGAGUAUAGCUUGCCUUAUAAGUUUCAUUGGUUGAUUUUUCAUGUAAAGAAUCAGAUACUAGUUUCAAUCUUCACAUACUUGACCACUUGUUAUAUUAA